UCAUAAUUUCCUAUGAUGCACCUCAAACAACUUCCUGCUGGGGAUCCCUGCUAAAUAUAGCCGUUUCUCUGUCUUACAACACAGGCUGCAGUAUAUAAAUCAGGCAAAUUCCCCAUUUGAGCAUGAACCUCUGAAAACUGCCGGCGUCUAAGGUCUCCUCCAAGGCCCCCGGGAGUCCAGCCCAUAAUGAAGGUCUUGGCAGCAGGAGUCGUGCCCCUGCUGCUGGUUCUGCACUGGAAACAUGGGGCGGGGACCCCGCUUCCCAUCACCCCUGUCAAUGCCACCUGUGUCACACGCCACCCGUGUCACAGCAACGUCAUGAGCCAGAUCAGGAACCAGCUGACGCAGCUCAACAGCAGUGCCAACGCGCUCUUCAUUCUCUAUUACACGGCUCAGGGGGAGCCGUUCCCCAACAACCUGGACAAGCUGUGUGGCCCCAACGUGACGGACUUCCCGCCCUUCCACGCCAACGGCACGGAGAAGGCCCGGCUGGUGGAGCUGUACCGCAUCGUCGCCUACCUCGGCGCCGCCCUGGGCAACAUCACGCGGGAUCAGAAGACCCUCAAUCCCAGCGCCGCCAGCCUCCACAGCAAGCUGAACGCCACCUCGGACAUCAUGCGGGGCCUCCUCAGCAACGUGCUCUGCCGCCUGUGCAGCAAGUACCACGUGGCGCACGUGGAAGUGGCCUACGGCCCCGACACCUCGGGCAAGGACGUCUUCCAGAAGAAGAAGCUGGGCUGUCAGCUCCUGGGGAAGUAUAAGCAGGUCAUCGCGGUGCUGGCCCAGGCCUUCUAGGCGGCAGGCCUCCAAUCGUGCAGCGACCCAGAUCUCGGACUCAGGUGGCUCUCAGACUGUGGUCGGGGCCCGAAGCAUCGCCAACCCCAAGUGCAGGCUGCUGGCAGACCCCGCGGGACUCCUGGCCAGUCCAGUCCCCUCCAGAGAGGACUGUGAUGAAACCGAGCAAAAUCAAAACUCCCAUAGGCAGGGCCUAUAGACAGCGCCAGCUAGCAGAAGGCGCCCCUUCUUCUGGGAGACCGCAGCCAGGCCCUGGGGGCUGACCCUGGUGAGGGGAGCGUGGGCUGGACUUCUGCUCCCGCUUGUCCCCUCAGCCAGGGACUUCGUGGCCAAACCGAACACGUCAUCUAAGGUGACCCUGACCACAGGGUAGGAGAGCAGGGUCAGGGGAAUUGCCCGGCCUCAGCAGAGUGACCACCAUCCGUGCCUUCGCUGCCCCGUAGGUAGACGUCGGGAGGCUGGGUUGGGGCCGGCAGAGGGGCUGGGAUCCGGGAGGAUUCCUUGGCCCCUGGAAGUGUGGUGAGUGGAGGUUAGAGAAGGGGACUCUGAUUUGACAUGCUGCCUUUUCUUGAGCAUCAUUGGAGAGCUCAGGCCGAACGACUGUUAGGCAGAAGGUUCCACAAGGAGGUUACGGGCAUUCAGGCUCCUGGGGAGACAGAGAAGCCACCUUUAGGCCUGGGAAGGAAGGCACUGGAAGGAAGGGAGGCCCCGAAACGCUUGAUGGGCCCCCCUUCCUCUUCCCCGCAGUCUUUCCCGCAGCCCAGGAUGGCCAGGGUCCGGUGGCUGGGCCUGGAGGUGGCGCAUGUGGGGGUGGGCAGGUGGCAAAGUCGGGUGAGGAGGUUCUGAGAGGACCCAGGGCCUUCCUUCUGGGUGCGGGUCUGUGAGGGAGGGGAUGGGCGGGGUUGUUUAGAGUGACAGCUCACGUCGGAGGCCCUUGGAGGCCCUGUGAGGUCACACAAAGGUACUUGAGGGGGACAGAGGCCAUCUCUGGUCCCCAGAGCAAGGGGACAGCAGAACUUGAGGUCAGGGUCUCAGGAAAGUCUGAGACUCAAGAGUGCUGUGUGUUUGAUCCAGCACCGUUGUCUAUUUAUUAUGAUGCCCUAUUUAUAUUAACUUAUUGGUGCUUUAAAUGGCAAAGUUAGUGUCCUUUUCCCCGUUCCCUACCCGAUAGCAAUAAUAUGAUGGCUCCUUCUUCAGGAGCCAAGGCCAGGGCCAGCCUUAGCAGGGCCUGGUCUGGAAGAUGUUACAAGUAGGAUAAGCCUAAUGGGUGAAGGUCAGAGAAGCGUCAGAAUCUGAGAGAACUGGUCAGCCUGGGUGGGAGAGCAGGGGACCCAGCUCCAUCCCUGCACCCCGACUGUGACUUGCAUUAAGGAUCUCCGGGUCCUGGCUGCAAGGCAGGCCAGAGCACUCUGUGGAGUGGCUGGGGGUGGGGGCCUUUCCCAGGGCCACCACGUGGCUUGGCUUCAGGAGGUCUCCCAACUCUGUGUUCUCUGGGUGCCCCCUGGAGUUGUGCUGAGAGGGGCAGUGGGCAAGGCAGCCCUGGUGACCUGUCCUGCUUCCGUGUCCCCAACGCUGCCUGUCUCUAGACCAGCAGCCGAGGGCCCCGAACAGUCCUGACCCAGGACCCAGCACCCAGCGUGCUUGUACACAGCGGGGAAGCUCCUUCUCUGGUGGCCCGAACACCCACAGAGGACGAGAGAGCCUGGCUGGACCUCAGAAAGCUGGGGCUGUGCAGGGAGGAGCCCCCUGCUCCAGAGAGGACCGGGAGGCCCUGGGACGUGGACCAGGAAGCUGUGGUCCCUCCUGCCCCCCUCCCCCCACUCCCCCACCCAUGUCUGGGCUCCCAGGCAGGGAACCUGAUCUUUUCCUUUGUGCUGGGGCCAGGCUAGUGGAGAAACGCCCUCUCGUCUGGGAACAGGGGAGGAGGGCUCGAGCUGGGGCAGCUGCUAAGAGCAGCAUCUGGCUUCUUCUCAAACCCUGAGCAGUUCCCGUUCGACCAAUGCAAUUAUGGUACUUUGCACUCACUUUGCACCUCUCUCUGUCUUCUCUGAGUACUUUAUCCAUACCCGCCCAGAGGGCAGGUGGGCAGGCAGCAGGCAGGCCCUGAGGCCUGGGGUGGGGGCAGGGGAUGGAGUUGAGAGUUGUCUGUCCCAUCGGCAAGCCCAGGAUGUAAGGGGGGUGGUGGAGGAGCCCACGGCAGUCGAAUGUGUUCUGAUGCUGUCUUCAUGUGGGUCCGGACCUCAGCCUGCUGCCUGCGCCCGUCUCUCUGCUCCUUGGGAGGAUGUGGUUCUGAAGGCUCAGGGUGGGCUGGGUCUCCCCUCAUCUCAUCACCCCACAGACGUGCCAGGCCAACCUAGGCAGCCUCUGAGGCUCAGGGAGCAAGAAAAUCUCCUCUCCGGGGCCCAGCAGUGCCCCCGGCUCCCCCCGCUCUGCCUCUGCAGGGCAGGAAGCUGUCUGUUCCCUCACUGUUCAUACGCUGGUGUUGACCUGACCCUGCAUCCUGGGUCACUGGCUGGGCCCAGCAGGAGGAGGAGGCUGUGGGCCGAGGAAGGUGUGUAGGACAGUCAUUCUGCAGUUUACCGAGAGAGGAGUCUUGGGGACCUUCUUUAUUUAAGAAAAAUUUUAA